UCCACUGACUCCCACUAUGCUACUAUUUUAUAGAUUGAUCCUCCUUGCCGCGUCGCUGUCGGGUAGCGGCGUGGCACAGCUCACAGAUAGCUACGGAUUAUCUUUCCCGUUGAGGUCAGAACUGUCUGAGGAUGCGAUACUGGUGGCAAAUAACGGAAUACGCGUGCCUUUCGGGAGAUCCGUUUUCAUUGAUCCUGUCAAUGAUUUGGUGAUUCAAACGCAACCGGGGGACCGGUGCAGUAUCACCGUUCUGGAUAACCAGCCGCUUUCCCAGAGACCAGGGCAACUGUCUCCCAAAAAGUUUCCGUGUGAUUUCGGUCCCAACGACGUCACCUACUCCCACUUCGGCUCGAGGAGCCUGGCUAAGGACAGAGUGAGGCUACAGCUCAGGUAUGAUACUCAAACCGAAACCGUUAUCAUCCCAUUCAUGACGGAGGUAGAAGUGGUUUUUACGCAACUGGAGGUUCUCACCAAAAACAUGCCGCUGACCGUUGCUAAAUUGAACGGCGUUAGUAAUGCCAUUGAUAAAAAGAUUUUGGAAUUCACUUAUGACAGAAACUCUCAAAAAUGCUAUGUGAAUUAUUUAGCGAGUGGUAGCGCUCUCCCCAAGUACGGAAGACUUGUAGAUGAUGGACUCACUAAAAUUAUGGACUGUGACGAAUUCAUUCAAUCUGACAUCCGUUACAAGCACACGUUUGUUCACAAAUCCCCCAACAGAGACUAUGUGCCCAUGGUUGUUGAACUAUGUGAUAAAGAGGGAAACAAAGUACAAGAGGAGUAUUUCCAACUGAUGAUCCAUUUCAAGGAGGGAGAGGCGAACACUCCUCCUAAACCCAGCUCCAUGGCAAUGCUGAUGAUGGAGGUGAGUCAGUUUGUGAUGACAGCUCUGACCACUGACAUGCUGGCUGCGGAGGACCUUGAGUCGAACCCUGAUGAACUUAUCUUUAACAUCACCUCCCCCCUCUCUUAUGAGGAUGGUUAUAUAGUUAGCACGGAUGACAGGAACCUACCCAUCACCUCGUUUUACCAGAGUGACCUACGGGACCUGAAAAUAGCCUACAAGCCCCCCUCCCUGGACUCAGACAUGGAGAGGAUCUUUCAGAUAGAGUUUGAGGUGGUGGAUCCGGACGUGGCUGUCUCGGACCCCUUUGCGUUCAUGAUUGUGGUGAAGCCGAUUAACUCUCUGGCGCCGGUCGUGACGCUGAACACGGGUCAGCUGCUUUACGAAGGCCAGUCCCGCCCCCUUUUCUCUACCCACAACCUGGAGAUUAGUGACGAGGACGACCUGGACAGUGUUACGGUAACUGUCGUUGACGGGCUCCGCCACGGCGACCUCACAGUCCUGGGGUUGCGCCGGAAGUACUUCACGGCUGCCGACCUGAAUACGGGUGUGGUCAUCUACCAACAUGAUGGCAGCGACACAUACAGUGACAACAUCGUCUUCAGAAUGACAGAUGGCAAGAAUCAGGUGGAGUUCCUGUUUCCCUUGACGAUUGUUCCCGUGGACGACGAGCCUCCCAUCAUCAAUGUCAACACUGGUCUUGUGCUCUUCAAGAACCAGAUUAUGGCUAUCUCUCCUCUGAUGCUCAGCGCCGCUGACAUCGACUCAGAAGAUUCCACGAUCAAAUUCAUGAUCGAGCCGCCAUUCUCGACCAUCGGGGGGUUGCUGCUGAGGCAGUCCGACGCCCCAGAGGACCCAGAGUCAUGGAAGUUCAACGCUGAGGAUGAGGUGUAUGAGAAGGAGGUGACAGAGUGGCUGCAGAAAGACAUCACAGAUGGGAAGGUGUUCUAUAAACACACCGGACCACAUAACACUGACACAGUCAUAGACCAUUUUGUGUUCAAAGUUCAUGACGACAAUGACCCGCCUAACGAAUCGGACGAGAGCACGUUCACCAUCAGGGUUCUACCCAUCGACGACCUUCCCCCUGAGCUUUUUCCCGGUACCACGCUCCAAGUGACUGUUCAGGAGUACCAGCUGACUCAUUUCGGUAAGAACAUGCUUCUCUACACCGAUCUAGACUCUGAGGAGCACGACCUGAAAUAUACAGUGAUCCAGCCGCCAACAGACACAGACGAGAACAGCCCGGUCGUGUUCGGGUCCAUUGUUCUGACUGAGAGUCCCGACACUGAGGUCAAUGAGUUCACACAGGCUCAGGUCAACCACCACAAGAUAUCCUACAGUCCUCCCGACCAGGAGCUGGGCAUCACGGCUCACGUCCUCCAGUUCCGAUUCUCUGUCGAAGACACGGCCGGGAAUAGCGUCGAGGGGGCUUUCAGGAUUUUCCUCCAUCCAGUUGACAACAAACCACCACAGAUCACUAACACUGGCUUUUCUGUGUUUGAGCAAGGCAUGCAUGUGAUAUCCAGUGCUGAGUUGGACACAUCAGACCCAGACACAGACAGUAAACAGAUAUCGUUUACCCUCAGCCAGCCUCCGCUGCACGGCCAAGUCCAGCAUGCCUUCUCAGACCUACCCAAAGGGGGAGCUUUCUUCCUAGAGGACAUCUCGGACAGGAAGAUCAUAUACGUCCAAAACGGCAACGAGACAGUGAGCGACGUGUUCCAACUCGACGUCAGCGAUGGGAUCCAUGUUGUCACGGUUAAAGUCAGAGUCGUCGUGAAGCCCGUUGACGACGAGACGCCGGCUGUCAGUUUACCGGCCGGGACGGUCGGUUCACAUAUGGACGUCCUAGAGAAUGGAGCUAUGGAGAUCACUACGAGUGUCCUCCAGGGGUGGGACGAGGACACCGACGACCUCCAGCGGACCUUCAUCAUCGAGAAUGCGCCCGUUUUUGGUGUCAUCCUGGUUGCCGGGGCACAUGCCGUGAAGUUCACCCAAGUCGACAUCAUCAACGGUUUAGUGGUGUAUGCCCACACCGGCGGAGAGAUUGGGCUGACGUCCAUCAUGGACAGCUUCAACCUCACCCUAACUGACAUGUCAGAUGAUUGGUCAGUGGGCGGGAACAAGGUCAACGGUGUCCACGUCCGUGUCACAAUCAUCCCCGUUGACAACCAGGCCCCUGAGGUAACCGUGGGUGACCAGUUCAUCGUUGUCGAAGGAGAGAAGUAUGCCAUCGGAACACAGUAUUUAAAGGCCGAAGACAAAGACACAACCAGUGAUGAUAUUCUCUGCACCAUCAUCGUCCAGCCCACGUCUGGUUAUGUGGAGAACAUCUCCCCAGCUCCUGGAUCAGAGAGUUCACGGUCAGGGACGGCAGUCAGCGCCUUCUACAUCAGAGACAUCAGAGAAGGACAUGUAUAUUAUGUUCAGAGUAUCCACAAGGGGUUAGAACCCGUAGAGGACAGGUUCACAUUUAGAUGCUCCGACGGUAUCAACUUAUCAAAAAAGCAUUUCUUCCCUAUUGUGAUUAUUCCGGCUAAUGAUGAAAAGCCAGAGAUUUACUUGAGGGAGAUAGUUGUGAUGGAGGGGAUGAAUAUAGUCAUAGACACUCAUCUCCUGAACGGAGCAGACACUGAUAUCCCAGCAGAGGAGCUGACUUUCAUCAUCUCCAAACUGCCCAAACACGGCUUUAUCCUCAAUCAGCUAGCCACAGGCUCAGUCCCAGUCAUAAACUUCACCUUAGAGCAGAUUAGGGAAGCUUCCAGUUUCAUCUACGAACAUGACGACUCUGAGACCACCGAGGACAGCUUUGACGUCAUUCUAACAGACGGGAAAUAUUCAGUAGAGAGAACCGCCAUGGUUAUGAUCAUCGGCCUCGACGACGAGACGCUGAGAAUGCUGGUUAAUGUCGGUCUGCAGGUGGAAGUAGGUGAGGCGAAAGAGAUCAACAACAGGGUCCUCAAAGCCACCGACUCGGACGAUGGAGCGUUGACGUAUGUGAUCCGCUUCGGUCCUGUUCAGGUUCUUCAGAGGAAAACCCCAUCUGGUUCUCUGGAGAACAUUGUGUUAGGCAUGAAUUUCACACAGAAGGAUGUGGACAAAAGGUUGAUUGUUUACACACACAAUGGUCAGGAAGGCAUCCGUGACCUGGUCAAGUUGGACGUCACCGACGGCAUGAACCCUCUGAUCGAUCGUUACUUCUACAUCACCAUCAGGUGCAUCGACAUGGUCUUCCCAGACGUGGUCAGCAAGGGAGUCUCUCUGAAGGAAGGCGGUAGAGUGACAUUGACCACAGAUCUUCUCAGUACUAGCGAUCUCGACAGUCCAGGUGAACGUUUGGUGUUCACCAUCACCAGAGCUCCAGUUAGAGGACACCUGGAGUGUAGUGAUACACCAUGGAUCCCCAUCGUGUCAUUCACCCAACUCCAGCUGGCUGGCAGUAAAAUCUACUACAUCCAUACCUCGGACGACGAAGUCAAGAUGGACAGUUUUGAGUUUGAGGUAACCGACGGUUACAACCCGGUGUUCCGUUCUUUCCGAGUCGCUAUCGUGGAAGUGGAUAACAAGAAACCAGUUUUAACGUUUCACAGACUCGUGGUCACCGAGGGGCAGAGUAAACUCCUCACGCCAUUCGAGCUGACCGCAGAGGACCAGGACACAGCUGACCUGUUGUUGAAGUUCACCGUCACCCAACCACCAGCGCACGGAAAACUCCUCUAUAACCACACCUCACCGGUCACCAUCUUCACCAAGCAAGACCUCAGCGAGAACCUCAUCAGCUACAAACACGAUGGCACCGAGACCUCCGAAGAUUCCUUCUCAUUUACUAUGACCGACGGGACGCACACUGACUUCUACGUGUUCUCCGACACGGUGUUCGAGACACGGCGCCCACAGACAAUGAAUAUCAUGGUGGUGGCCAUGGAUAACAGUGUACCUCAGCUGGUGGUGAAUAAGGGCGCCCCGACACUGAGGAUCCUGUCCACGGGGCACCUGGGGUUCCUCGUGACCUCCACGGUACUACGGGCGUUGGACAGGGACAGCGUUCCGGCUUCCUUAGUGUUCCACGUCACCACGGAACCCAAGCAUGGUUACCUCAUCAAUCUGGGCAAAGGGAACGACUCCAUCGACACCUUCAGUCAAGCUGACAUUGAUGACCUAAAGAUCUGCUAUGUGUUGAGAAAUGAAGAGAGGGCAACCACAGACCUCUUCCUCUUCUCUGUUGAAGACAACGGUGGAAACAAGCUGAAGGAGCAGCAGUUCCGUCUGGACUGGUCCUGGAUCUCUCUGGAUAGAGAGCACUACGUUGUGGACGAGCAGGACACGUUCCUGGACGUGGUCCUCAAACGACGAGGGUAUCUGGGAGAAACCUCCUUCAUAGUCAACCCUAUGUCAGAUCCUAAAGUCAACCCUAGGUCAGAUCCUAAAGUCAACCCUAUGUCAGACCCUAAAGUCAACCCUAUGUCAGAUCCUAAAGUCAACCCUAUGUCAGAUCCUAAAGUCAACCCUAUGUCAGAUCCUAAAGUCAACCCUAUAUCAGAUCCUAAAGUCAACUCUAUGUCAGAUCCUAAAGACAACCCUAUGUCAGAUCCUAAAGUCAACCCUAUGUCAGAUCCUAAAGUCAACCCUAGGUCAGAUCCUAAAGUCAACCCUAUGUCAGAUCCUAAAGUCAACCCUAGGUCAGAUCCUAAAGUCAACCCUAUGUCAGAUCCUAAAGUCAACCCUAGGUCAGAUCCUAAAGUCAACCCUAGGUCAGAUCCUAAAGUCAACCCUAUGUCAGACCCUAAAGUCAACCCUAUGUCAGAUCCUAAAGUCAACCCUAUGUCAGAUCCUAAAGUCAACCCUAUGUCAGAUCCUAAAGUCAACCCUAUGUCAGAUCCUAAAGUCAACCCUAUGUCAGAUCCUAAAGUCAACCCUAUGUCAGAUCCUAAAGUCAACCCUAUGUCAGAUCCUAAAGUCAACCCUAUGUCAGAUCCUAAAGUCAACCCUAUGUCAGAUCCUAAAGUCAACCCUAUGUCAGAUCCUAAAGUCAACCCUAUAUCAGAUCCUAAAGACAACCCUAUGUCAGAUCCUAAAGUCAACCCUAUGUCAGAUCCUAAAGUCAACUCUAUGUCAGAUCCUAUAGUCAACUCUAUGUCAGAUCCUAAAGUCAACCCUAUGUCAGAUCCUAAAGUCAACCCUAUGUCAGACCCUAAAGUCAACCCUAUGUCAGAUCCUAAAGUCAACCCUAUGUCAGAUCCUAAAGUCAACCCUAUGUCAGAUCCUAAAGUCAACCCUAUGUCAGAUCCUAAAGUCAACCCUAGGUCAGAUCCUAAAGUCAACCCUAUGUCAGAUCCUAAAUUCAAUCCUGAUCCUAUAGUCAACUCUAUGUCAGACCCUAAAGUCAACCCUAUGUCAGAUCCUAAAGUCAACCCUAUAUCAGAUCCUAAAGUCAACCCUAUGUCAGAUCCUAAAGUCAACCCUAUGUCAGAUCCUAAAGUCAACCCUAUGUCAGACCCUAAAGUCAACCCUAUGUCAGAUCCUAAAGUCAACCCUAUGUCAGAUCCUAAAGUCAACCCUAUGUCAGGUCCUAAAGUCAACCCUAUGUCAGAUCCUAAAGUCAACCCUAUGUCAGAUCCUAAAGUCAACCCUAUGUCAGAUCCUAAAGUCAACCCUAUGUCAGGUCCUAAAGUCAACCCUAUGUCAGAUCCUAAAGUCAACCCUAUGUCAGACCCUAAAGUCAACCCUAUAUCAGAUCCUAAAGUCAACCCUAUGUCAGAUCCUAAAGAUCCUAUAGUCAACUCUAUGUCAGACCCUAAAGUCAACCCUAUGUCAGAUCCUAAAGUCAACCCUAUAUCAGAUCCUAAAGUCAACCCUAUGUCAGAUCCUAAAGUCAACCCUAUGUCAGAUCCUAAAGUCAACCCUAUGUCAGACCCUAAAGUCAACCCUAUGUCAGACCCUAAAGUCAACCCUAUGUCAGAUCCUAAAGUCAACCCUAUGUCAGAUCCUAAAGUCAACCCUAUGUCAGAGUCCACAGUGUUCAUCCCUCAGUCCAGUUACUGGAUAAAGGAGGAUGUUGGAGAGAUGCUGGUACCUGUCCACAGGAGUGGAGACAUCAGCCAGGAACUCAUGGUGAUCUGCUAUACUCAGCAGGGUUCAGCCACUGGUACCGUCCCCUCUACAGUCCUGUCCUACACUGACUAUAUUUCCAGGCCAGAGGAGCACGCCAGCAUCCUGCGCUUCGACAAGGGAGAGACGGAGAAACAGUGUGGCGUGGUCAUCAUCAACGACUCCCUGUACGAGGUGGAGGAGAGCUUCAACGUAACACUGUCCCUGCCCAUCGGAGGGUGCCUCGGUGCACACUACGCCACCACUAAAGUCAACAUAUAUCCAGACCAAGAUGAUGCUCCAGUGUUCUACUUUGGCGAGGAAGAGUACCGCGUGGAUGAGAGUGAUGGUCACGUGGAGGUUAGAGUGUUGAGGACAGGAACGGAUCUGUCCAAGACUGCAACCGUCACUGUGCGCUCACGCAAGACGGAGCUGGCCUAUGCAGAGGCUGGUGUGGACUACGUAGGGAUCAGUCGUAACCUGGACUAUGCCCCAGGGAUGAACCAGCAGACCUUCAGGGUGACAAUCCUGGAUGACCUGGGUCAGCCGGUGCUGGAGGGGCCAGAGACCUUCGAGCUGGUCCUCCACAUGCCAGUGAAUGGCAUUCUGGGAGAACCGCGCAAGACCACCGUCUUCAUCAACGACUCCAUCUCCGACCUGCCCAAGGUCCAGUUCCAGGAGGCGUUGUAUACGGGGGAGGAGAGCGACGGUCGUAUCCUGGCAACAGUGUACCGUAGUGGUGACAUCAGCUACAAGUCCACCGUGCGCUGCUACACCCGACAGGGGUCAGCUCAGGUCACCACAGACUUCCAGGAACGACCCAACACGGACGUUUCCAUCAUCACCUUCCUGCCAGGGGAGGCGGCACAGAAGUGUGUGUUGUUGCUGGUCGAUGACACAGUCCACGAGGAGGAGGAGGAGCUUCGACUGGUCCUGGGGAACCACAAGAGCGAAUCACCUUUCGGGGCGUCGGUCGGAGAGCUGAAGGAGACCGCCAUCCUGAUUAAAGAUACUGCUGACAAGUCUAUCAUCAAGUUUGGAGAGACCGAGUUCAGUGUGAGUGAGCCCAAGGAGGCAGGCUCUGUUUCCUCGGUGAAGAUUCCAGUGCUGCGAUUGGGCGACACCUCCAAGUUGUCAGUGGUCCGAGUUCACACCAAGGACGGGUCAGCUACCUCAGGAGAGGACUACCACCCUGUCUCAGAGGAUGUUAAGUUUAAGCAUGGGCAGACGGAGCACGUUGUAGAGGUGGAGGUGUUGCAUGACGGAAUCAGAGAGAUGACAGAAUCCUUCACCAUUCACCUGAAACCUGACGACAACAUGGUGGCUGAAACGCAGAUGACUAAGGCCGUCGUGUACAUUGAGGAGACCAACGGUGUGGCCGACGUCACCUUCCCCUCCUCGCCUCAAGUGGUGUCUCUGCUGCAAUAUGACGACGUCAGCAAGACAGCGCAGGACCUCCACCCUCCUGCUGGCUACCCCAUUGUCUGUGUCACCGCCUGUAACCCUAAGUACCCUGACUACGACAAAACAGGCUCUAUCUGUGUCAGCGGGCACAUCGACAACACGCUGACACGCUACCGCUGGCUCGUCAGUGCCCCUGCUGGCCCGGAUGGGGUCACUGCACCCAUGAGAGAGGUGGACUUUGAUACCUUCUUCACCUCCUCCAAGAUGAUCACCCUGGACUCUGUCUACUUCCAGGCCGGAUCCAGGGUGCAGUGUACUGCCAGAGCCGUCAACUCUAACAAAGACGAGGGACUGGAACUCAGCAGUCCCAUAGCUACUGUUAGUCUGGAGGAAGGUAUGUGCCCGCCUCGUAAGGUGGGCAAGGUGGGCACAGGGCCCUUCUCUGCCAAGCUACGCUACACCGGAGCAGAGGACCCAGACCACCCCAACCUCCUUAAACUCACUGUUACCAUGCAACACAUCGAUGGCAUGCUACCGGUCAUCUCAACCCGUCCUCUGUCUAACAUGGAGCUCACCCUCAGCCCUGACGGUUCUGGCAACCACCGUUGCUCCAACCUGCUAGACUACAGCGAGGUCACCACGGGUCACGGGUUUAACACCGCGACGGCGAGGAACGCGGAGAGCGUGGGCGACACCUCCCCCUACCAGUACAACACCCCAAUGCGGGGGGACAACGCAUUACGUUUCUAUAGUAACCUCAACCUAGAUGCCUGCCUAUGGGGAUUCACCAGCUACUAUAACAUGACUGAACUACUCACUGACUGUGGAGGGACCAUCAGGACAGACGGACAGGUGCUGAAUCUGGUCCAAUCGUACGUGACUCUGCGUGUUCCACUGCACGUGUCAUACGUGUUCCACUCCCCAGGGGGUGCGGGGGGCUGGCAGCAUUUUGACCUGCAGUCUGAGCUCCGCCUCACCUUUGUGUACGAUACUGCCAUACUGUGGAAGGACGGCAUCGGGAGCCCACCGCAGGCUGAGUUACAGGGUGUCCUGUACCCCACCAGUGUGCGUAUCAACGAGCAGGGUCAUCUGGUGGUCAACUUCAAAACCAAGGCUCGCUUCAGAGGUCUGUUUGUCGAGGCCCACCCAGCAUCCUCUCUGUCAUCCAUGGUGAUGUGUGAAGACAACCCUGGCCUGACCUUUAACCUCAGCCUGGUGAGGAGUGAACCCACCUACAACCAGCCUGUCCAGCAGUGGACAUUCACAUCAGACGUUGCUGUGCGUGACUAUUCUGGUCCAUACAGAGUGAAUCUGAUUCCCUGUACUACAGCCCAGAACAUGGAGUACACCGUCCCCCCUGUCUGUAACCCCGGAGAGCCUGUCCCCUUCCACCUGGACAUACGCUUCCAACAGGUCAGUGAACCAGUAUCAGUGGAGUUCAGUCUCAACACUCAGAUAUUCCUGCUGUCCAAGAGGAACCUAUGGCUGUCUGACGGAUCCAUGGGCUUCGGACAGGAGAGCGACGUGGCCUUCUCAGAGGGUGAUACUAUCUACGGUCUUGUGAUGGUGGACCCUGUUCAGAACCUGGGGGACUCUUUUUUCUGCAACAUAGAGAAGGUGUACCUGUGCACCGGCGUGGAUGGAUACGUACCCAAGUACAACCCCACUAACUUUGAGUUUGGAUGUCUGGCUGAAUCUCCCUCUCUGCUCUACCACUUCAAGAUCUUAGACAAGGCCCAGCCCGAGACUCAGGCCAGUGGGUUUGGUGAUGUGGAUUUUAAUGCAAUGUUGGCUGUAGACGACCCCUCAGCUCUCUCUCUGGUCAGACAGCCUGGGACAGAUGGAUUCAGACUGGACUCUACGGCCAUGUUCCAGGUGGCUGCGGGUCGUGAGUGGUUCAUCCACACCAUCUACACCAUCCGCCCCAAAGACAACGACAACCACCAGUUGUCCCUGGUUGCCACGGGCAACGACCUCUCCAUCACCCCCGGGGUCAAAGGUCAAGGUCACCGUGCGAGGAGGUCAACCAGUGGAUUGGUUGGAGCGGCGGUCCCCGACGUGGCCGAUGACAUUGGAGCAGACAACAACCGUGGCACCAACAUCAUGCACAUCGCCCUGGACCGUACCAAGAGGAGGGCAGCGGGGGGGGUGGAGCUGUACGCCGACCGUCUGGAACCAAGGGAGCUGAGCAGGGGGGAGGGGGGGGAGGGGUUGCUGACGGUGGUGGGGGGGUUGGUGGGAAUGCUGCUUACCUUCCUCCUCAUCAUCAUCCUCGUCCUGGUGGUCCGGUACAGACAGAAGGAGGAGAGGAAAGAGAGGGUGUGGGGGUCGGCGAGCACGGAAGGGAUGAUGGUGGCGAGGAUGUACGACUGCAGCAACAGCUCAGAGGUCUAA